GCCAGCAUGGCGUGGCAGGGAUUGGGCAAAAGCACGGGGCCUCCGGCAAGUCGAGACCUUGACAGCCGAGGCCAUCGGCUAUCAAAGCCGGGCAUCGUGACGCGCGAACCAUCUCGAGACAUUCCUCCUCGAGCUUGAACCUCCUUAACACCCCGGCACCGCCAGACUGCCCCGCCAUCGAUAUCAACUUUCCCACUGCCAAGGCCUCUUAGGACGCCUGCCGAUCAAGCCAAUCGCCCCCAAUGCUCAAUGUCCAUCACGCCAUAUAAAUCACACUUCUCUUGCCUCAAUUCCCUCUUUCUGACCACCAUCCUUGGAUCCCAUUCUCCCCUUCCAUUGCGCAAUCAUGGACAACAACGACCGUGAUCUCGAGAAGGCCGAGCAUGGGGCGAGUCCCACCAAGGCUCCAGGCCAACAUGACACCCUUACUCGCACCCGCACCGCCUCUUCAAGUUCCAGUAGUUCCUCGGACAAUUCGUCAAUAGCUCAAGGAGACAAUGGCAUGUCACGCGUGCCGACCGCAAGAGACUACGUCGGCGAAGCUGACCGCGCCAACCCUACCGUUCUGAGCAGGAUCCAGACAGCGCGAAGCCAACAUAGUGCUACAGUUGGCGCUAGCAUUAAAUCCAGGAAGUCAAACAAGCCUUUGCCGAACUUUGGAGGCGGAAAACCAUAUCCACCACCAUUACCAGAGCGGGAGGAGUAUGUCGUCGAAUUUGAUGGCAUAGACGAUCCUCUUCAUGCCCAAAACUGGCCAUUGAAAAAGAAGCUACUGACGGCUGCAAUGCUGGGAUAUACGACAAUGACCGCUGCAUUCGGCUCUAGCAUUUUUUCCGCUGCAACGAGGGUAGUUGCUAGCAAAUACGGGGUCAGCACAGAAGUUGGCGUCUUGGGUGUCUCACUCUAUGUCUUGGGAUUUGCUACAGGUCCAAUUCUGUGGGCGCCCGCCUCGGAGCUUUAUGGUCGACGUCUUCCUUUGGUCAUUUCUUCUUUUGGCUUCUCAAUCUUUUUCAUCGCCUGUGCCACCGCCGCAAAUCUGCAAACAGUGUUAAUCUCUCGGUUCUGGAGCGGAUUCUUUGGCGCAUGUCCCCUUACGGUUGUAGCGGCUGUAUUCUCCGAUAUGUUUGAUAACAGGACAAGAGGCAUUGCCAUCACGGUCUUUUCCAUGACCGUCUUUACGGGUCCCCUUCUGGCACCCUUCACUGGAGGCUUUAUCACCAUGUCGUAUCUGGGCUGGCGCUGGACGGAAUACAUCGUCGCUUUCAUGGGCUUCCUCGGUUUUGGGCUGAACCUGCUAUUCUUGAACGAAACUUACCCGCCAGUCAUUCUGGUUAGCAAGGCUUCAGAACUCCGCCGCCGCACCAAGAACUGGGGCAUCCACGCUAAGCAGGAAGAAAUCGAAGUUGACCUUCGCGAACUCCUUGAAAAGAAUUUUUCUCGCCCUCUGAAGAUGCUUUUCACUGAGCCCAUUGUUCUGCUUCUCUCCAUCUAUAUGUCCUUCGUUUACGGAAUUUUAUAUCUCUUCCUGACGGCAUACCCCAUAGUCUUUCAACAGAUCCACGGCAUGAAUCUUGGUGUUGGCGGUCUACCCUAUUUCGGCAUGAUUAUUGGUCAGCUGUUAGCUGGUACAUUUAUAGUCAUCCGCCAACCGAAAUACCAGCGCAAGCUUGCCGCUAACAACAACGUCCCUAUCCCCGAAUGGCGGCUGCCGGAGGUCAUCAUCGGCGGUGUAUCUUUCUCAGUCGGUUUGUUCUGGUUCGCUUGGACUGGAUACACCAAAGACAUCCACUGGAUUGUACCCACACUGUCGGGUUUAUGCUCAGGAUUCGGUUUAAUGUCUAUCUUCCUGCAGGCACUCAAUUAUCUUGUUGACGCGUAUUUGAUGUUUGCUGCCUCAGCCAUCGCAGCAAACACAUUCCUACGCUCUCUUUGUGGUGCCGGUUUCCCUCUUUUUGCGACUUACAUGUUUCAAGGAAUGGGCGUCCAAUGGGCUGGAACGUUACUCGGUUGUGUGGCUGCAGUUCUGGUCCCCGUUCCCGUUGUGUUCUAUCUUUAUGGUGAGAAGAUCCGUCAGAAGAGCAAUUUUGCACCGACAAAGCCAGCAUCAUAAUAUUUGUACUGCGUUCAUGUCAUGAUGGCUUAAUGGCUUAAUGGAGGUUCGUUCUUAAUCAAGCACGUCUUGGUAGAUAUCCUGGUUGCACUUUAUUGCGUUUAUAUCUUGCUUUACACCCUUUGCGUAUGGCAUUGGGCGGUUAUACUUUUUAAUCUUGGAUAAAAGAGACGAGGCAUGAUAGAGUAGUUUACACAUUUCGUAAUCGGCUAUUUACUGACAUAUACAUAUUUUUUCG